GGAGGGAAGGCGGGAGGGCGCGCGCCGGGGCUGCUGCUGCUCGCUGGCUCCCUCCCUCCGCCGGUGGGUUCAGUCAGUCAGCCGGCUGCCCGCAGGCCCGCGAGCCGCAGAGGGCCCGAGCCUCGGACUCCGGCGCCUCCUCCUGCCAUUGUUCCUGUGCCUGGAGCGGCGGCGGCGGACGCGGGAGCCCGGACCCCGGGAGCUACCGCACAAUCAUGACGACAGAGAAGAGUUUAGCCGCAGAGACUGAAGAUUCGGAGCAGCAACAACAGAAGGAAGAGGGGGAGGGAGCCGCACACGGAGGCCGCCAGGAGACUCAGCUGGAGGAAGCUUCUCCACCAGCGGCUGAGGGAGAUAACCAGUGUGAACCCAAGCCUCAGGCCUCUAAUGGAGACACCCCUACACAUGAAGACUUGACCAGGAGCAAGGAGCGGGCUGCAGAGAACAGAGGCCUGUCACGACUGCUCUCCUCCUUUCUCAAAAAGCCCAGAUCUCAGGUCUCUGAGGAGGAAGGCAGAGAAGUCGAGUCAGAUAAAGAAAAAGGUGAAAGGGGCCAGAAAGAAAUAGAAUUUGGAACCAGUCUUGAUGAAGAGAUCAUCUUAAAGGCCCCCAUUGCAGCUCCUGAGCCUGAACUCAAAACAGACCCAUCCUUGGAUCUUCAUUCAUUAAGCAGUGCAGAAACACAGCCUGCUCAGGAGGAUCAGCCAGAAGAUCCAGGUCUUGAACCUAAGGAAGGAGAGGGACUUGAAGAGUGCUCCAAAGUAGAAGUAAAAGGAGACAGUCCUCAAUCGAAAGCGGAGAAUCCAAAAGCUUCCCAGAAGUCAGUCAGAAGACACAGAAACAUGCACUGCAAGGUUUCUUUGUUGGACGACACUGUUUAUGAAUGUGUUGUGGAGAAACAUGCCAAGGGACAAGAUCUGCUUAAACGAGUGUGUGAGCACCUCAAUCUUUUGGAGGAAGACUACUUCGGUCUAGCCAUUUGGGACAAUGCAACCUCUAAGACAUGGUUGGACUCUGCCAAAGAAAUAAAAAAGCAGGCUCGUGGUAUUCCUUGGAACUUCACAUUUAAUGUGAAGUUUUAUCCACCUGACCCAGCACAGUUAACUGAAGAUAUAACAAGAUACUACUUAUGUCUUCAGCUUCGCCAGGACAUAGUUUCAGGACGUCUGCCAUGCUCCUUUGCAACCUUAGCAUUGUUAGGUUCUUAUACCAUCCAGUCUGAGUUGGGAGACUACGACCCAGAACUCCACGGCGUGGAUUAUGUCAGUGAAUUUAAACUGGCUCCAAAUCAGACCAAGGAACUUGAAGAGAAGGUCAUGGAACUGCAUAAAUCAUACAGGUCCAUGACUCCAGCCCAAGCUGAUUUGGAAUUUCUUGAGAAUGCCAAAAAGUUGUCUAUGUAUGGAGUUGAUCUUCAUAAAGCAAAGGACUUGGAGGGCGUAGAUAUCAUCCUAGGUGUCUGCUCUAGCGGCCUUCUGGUUUACAAGGAUAAGCUGAGAAUUAACCGCUUUCCUUGGCCUAAAGUGCUGAAGAUUUCGUACAAACGUAGCAGCUUUUUCAUCAAGAUUCGUCCUGGAGAGCAAGAACAGUAUGAAAGUACCAUUGGGUUCAAACUUCCCAGCUAUCGAGCAGCUAAGAAAUUGUGGAAAGUCUGUGUAGAGCAUCACACAUUUUUCAGACUGACAUCAACAGACACCCUUCCCAAAAGCAAAUUUCUUGCUCUAGGAUCCAAAUUUCGAUACAGUGGCCGGACUCAGGCUCAGACCAGGCAAGCCAGUGCCCUCAUUGACAGGCCUGCCCCACACUUUGAGCGCACAGCAAGCAAACGGGCCUCCCGCAGCCUUGAUGGAGCAGCAGCCGCAGACUCAGCAGACCGGAGUCCUCGGCCCACCUCCGCACCAGCCAUUGCUCAGAGUCAGGUGUCAGAAGGCAGUGUCCCAGCAGCACCUGUCAAAAAGGCAGCACAGAAGGAGACAGUGACAGUGGAGGUGAAAAGGGAAGAAGAACCACCCGAACAAGCUGAGCCAGAGCCCACGGAAGCUUGGAAGGUGGAAAAAACCCACAUCGAGGUCACAGUCCCCACCUCAAGUGGUGAACAAACACAGAAAAAGAGAGAGAGACUAGAUGGUGAAAACAUUUAUAUCAGACAUAGCAAUUUAAUGUUGGAGGAUUUAGAUAAGAGUCAAGAAGAGAUCAAAAAGCAUCAUGCCAGCAUCAGUGAGCUGAAAAAGAACUUCAUGGAAUCUGUACCAGAACCACGACCUAGCGAAUGGGAUAAGCGCUUAUCAACUCAUUCCCCUUUCCGAACUCUGAACAUCAAUGGGCAAGUCCCUACAGGAGAAGGAAGUAUAAAUGGCAUUCGCACAGAGGAGGUGGCUCUCGUGACAAAGGGGCUAUCUAACCCUGAUUCUGACUGGGAGGGCCCCACACACUCGGUAGUUCCUAGUGAGAGCCAGAUGACUGCCCCAGCGGCGUCACCACAAAACUUUGGCUCUGUCUCCAUCUUCGUAAGCGGCAAGGAAACGGAAGAGGAGGAGCAGGGGGAAGCUGGUUGUUUUGAUGCUAAGGAGCUGCUGAGAGUCCCAAGUGGGGAAUAUAUAGGAAUGGAGGAACAGGCCAGUGCCUGCAACUCCUCAAUCCCACCAGCCACCUGCCCGCUGCGACCUGGGGAGGAAAAGGCACAGAGUAGUGAAGAACAUGUUGCACCAGGAGAGCCACACGAGAAGCAAAAUGGAUCAUUUCUUGACUCUCACGUGGGUAACCAGUUCCCCACCCUCAUUCGAAGUUUCCAGCCUCCCCUGGUGAAGACUCAAACUGUCACCAUCUCAGAUACUGCCAACGCUGUAAAAAGUGAAAUCCCAACCAAAGAUGUGCCUAUUGUCCACACCGAGACCAAGACCAUCACUUACGAAGCUGCCCAGACUGACGACAGCAAUGGGGACUUGGACCCAGGGGUCUUGCUGACAGCUCAGACCAUCACGUCCGAGACCACAAGCAGCACCACCACGACUCAGAUUACCAAGACUGUCAAAGGUGGGAUUUCUGAGACCCGGAUUGAAAAGAGAAUUGUGAUCACAGGAGAUGCUGAUAUUGACCAUGACCAGGUCCUUGUCCAAGCCAUCAAGGAGGCAAAGGAACAGCACCCAGACAUGUCCGUGACCAAGGUGGUCGUCCAUCAGGAGACCGAGAUUGCUGAGGAGUGAGCUCAGGAACUAGCCCACCCCGACUCCCUGCCUUUCUCCCUCCAAGAGAAACCAGAGAAAUGAUGCCGCAGCUCACCUGCACUAGUUAGACUGCAGACUUGCAAGAUGACCCUAAACCGCCAGAAAAUGAGAUUCCUUUUCUAUUUGGAGUUUAUAUCAAGAGAUUCUUCUAGAUACUUUUGAAGACCUUUUUCUAUAGAAUGAUACCAGAAAUUAUUCAACUUUUCUGUCUACAGUUUUUAGAAAAAAUUUUUUCCCCAUGGGGUGAUUUGUAACUGCUUGCACCUAGCCUCUCCUCACCGAUUUCCAACCCAGAUAUUGACAGGAUCCACAGACCCCUUCAGGGAACUUUCCAGACUCCGUCGCCUGGGUUGGAGG